GGGGCGGCGCGGUCGGAAACCGAGGAGGGAGGCUGUGGUGCAGGAUGGCGGCCACGACCUACGAGCGGCUGAAGCUGCACAUCACCCCUGAAAAAUUCUAUGUGGAAGCUUGUGAUGACGGAGCAGAUGAUGUACUUAUCAUCGACCGCGUGUCCACAGAAGUUACGCUCUCAGUCAAGAAAGAUAUUCCUCCUUCAGCAGUCACGAGACCAAUAUUUGGUAUACUGGGCACAAUCCAUCUGGUGGCAGGUAAUUAUCUAAUUGUCAUUACCAAAAAGAAAAAAAUAGGUGAAUUUUUCAAUCAUGUAAUCUGGAAAGCAACAGAUUUUGAUGUCCUUUCUUAUAAGAAGACGAUGUUGCACUUAACUGAUAUUCAGUUACAAGAUAAUAAAACUUUCCUAGCAAUGAUGAACCAUGUGUUGAGUAUGGAUGGAUUUUACUUUUCAACGACAUAUGAUUUGACCCAUACUUUGCAGCGGCUCUCCAACACUAGUCCAGAAUUCCAGGAAAUGAGUCUCUUGGAAAGGGCAGAUCAGCGGUUUGUAUGGAAUGGUCAUCUUCUCCGAGAACUUUCUGCUCAGCCAGAGGUCCAUCGGUUUGCCCUUCCGGUAUUACAUGGCUUUAUUACCAUGCACUCAUGUUCUAUUAAUGGAAAAUACUUUGAUUGGAUUCUCAUCUCGAGGAGGAGUUGUUUCAGAGCUGGUGUGCGCUAUUAUGUGAGAGGGAUUGAUUCCGAAGGCCAUGCAGCUAACUUUGUCGAGACAGAGCAGAUUGUGCACUACAAUGGGAGCAAGGCUUCAUUCGUGCAGACUCGAGGAUCAAUACCACUUUACUGGUCUCAAAGACCAAACCUCAAGUACAAACCAUUGCCACUGAUCAACAAAGUAGCAAAUCAUAUGGACGGUUUCCAAAGGCAUUUUGAUUCACAAAUAAUUAUUUAUGGAAAACAAGUCAUAAUCAAUCUGGUGAAUCAGAAGGGCUCAGAGAAGCCACUUGAACAGGCAUUUGCAACAAUGGUGUCUUCCUUGGGGAACGGAAUGAUCAGGUACAUUGCCUUUGACUUCCAUAAGGAAUGUAAAAAUAUGAGGUGGGAUCGGCUGAGUAUUUUAUUGGAUCAGGUAGCAGAAAUGCAAGAUGAAUUAAGUUAUUUUCUAGUAGACCCAGCCGGCGCGGUGCUGAGUAACCAGGAGGGCGUGUUCCGCAGCAACUGCAUGGACUGUCUGGACAGAACCAACGUGAUCCAGAGCCUGCUGGCUCGCCGUUCACUUCAGGCCCAGCUUCAGAGACUAGGAGUUUUGCAUGUGGGACAAAAGCUUGAAGAACAAGAUGAAUUUGAAAAGAUUUACAAAAAUGCCUGGGCUGACAAUGCAAAUGCUUGUGCCAAACAGUACGCGGGAACCGGUGCCUUGAAGACUGACUUUACCAGAACUGGGAAGAGAACUCAGUUGGGACUUAUAAUGGAUGGCUGGAACUCAUUAAUACGGUAUUACAAGAACAACUUUUCUGAUGGAUUUAGACAAGAUUCCAUAGACUUAUUUCUUGGGAACUAUUCAGUGGAUGAAUUAGACUCUCAUAGUCCUUUAAGUGUUCCAAGAGAUCUGAAAUUCCUGGCUUUGCCUAUUAUCAUGGUGGUUGCCUUUUCCAUGUGCAUUAUCUGUUUGCUGAUGGCUGGUGACACCUGGACAGAAACACUGGCCUAUGUGCUCUUCUGGGGAGUCGCAAGCAUCGGAACAUUUUUUAUUAUUCUUUACAAUGGCAAAGACUUUGUUGAUGCUCCCAGAUUGGUCCAAAAAGAAAAGAUAGACUGAAUUUGUGUCU